AAUCGUUUGGUGCACUCAGAUGUACACGUAGUCGUCACUUCCUGAAAAAGCGUUUGAAAAAUUAUCAACAUGGCAAGUGCCGGUAAUUGGUCAGUUGUUGGUAAAACAAAGAAAGCGAAAGGGCAGAAUCAAAAUCUGACGAAGUCUCAGCGAAAGCAAUUCAUUGAUAAUAUGCCAAGGAUCGCUCCUCUGGAUCCUAUGAAAGAAGAUUCGACUAUAUAUGAUGCCUUUGUAAUUCGUGAGCAGCAGCGAUAUGAAAGGAAACAGCAGGAAAAGUUUGCCGAUAAAAUUGAAGCUGGCAAAGAGUCUAAUGGUAAAAGCUUAUCAGAUGGCGCAAAUAAGAAAAAAAGUGUUCAGAAAAAGAAAGUAGACCAGUCACCCAAGAAAAGACCGUUUGAAGAUGGAAUUAAAGAGGUUGCUGAAGCUGACCUGAAAUCUGUACUGCUACAAUCUAAAGGUCACUUUCCUGACAAGCCUGAACUGUGGUUGAAGGAUCUUGUUACCUUUCUCAACAUGAAGUUAGAGCACUGUCCAGACAAUGACAAAUUCCUUAAGAAAGAAAAUUUGGAUUAUCCGGCAUCCUCCCUGAAGAAAGGUUGUACGAAAGUUUUGACCUCCGUACUCUCUGACUGUAAUGCCGCAACUCUUGAACACGUACUGUAUUUCUGUAUCAUGACGAUGCUAGAGGAGUGUCAGAACGGAAACCCGACACACGGUUAUAAGAUCUUCCUUCAGUUGCUUGUCAGAGGAAGCCCUGAUAUUGUCUUGUCAAAACUUGACCAGUACAAAGAGAUAGUUAAAAGUGUACAGAAUCGACCUGAGAAAUGUCUUGCGUUAAUGUGGGCAUUAGGCCAGGUGGGAUAUCCGAGUCUUAGAGCUGGCAUUAGAGUAUGGUUAGAGAUAAUGCAGCCUUGUCUCAGUCCGAAAGCACUAGGAAGUUUUUGUAUGCAGUAUCUGGAGACAAUUCUUGGGUUACAUGGUAAACAAUUGGAACAGGCAGGUGGGGAGAUCAAGCUACAGGAGUUUUUUAGGUUGUUUGAUUCACUGUAUAUACAAGGCUUACCUAGUGACAUACGCAAAAGAUUGAUUGCUCUCUACCCACAACUGAAGAGUGUAGCCCAUGGCAAAAACUUGGAGUCAUCACUGAGAAACUUCUUCCCAUCAUACUUGACAAGAGCUAACCCUGAUGCCAGUAAAGAACUCAAAUCAGAGUUGAUAUCGUGUCUCGUGGAUUGUCUCAGUAAGGAUAAACACACAUUUGCUCUAUGGUGUCAGCUAUACACUAAACAUCUCAGACAGUCAAGAUUGUUGCUUGUUCACCUGAAUGAUAACUGGGAGAAAGUCAGGGGAUGUAUGGAUCAGAAAUUGUUACAACAAACCUUGAUGACUUUUAUGAGAACAAAUGAAGAAAGUUCCCAGGGGAAGAACUCUGGCGAAUGGGACAGCAUGACUGCUAUAUGCGAGGAAUUGUUGAAGAAAAUGAGCAAGCCAAGGUUUCCAUGGAGAUGGUUGAUGUUUUUCUUGGUUUCUACGGUGAUAGCAAUAGUUGCAUAUGAUGUGUACACCAGUAAAACUCUAAAAGAUUCUAAAACAGUGAGGUUUCUGGAAGCAUAUGGGGUUCUAGGAGUGCUACAGAAAAUAUGGACAACUGUUGUAUAUUACACGGAUAUCAUAUUUGGCUGGUUACAGGUGAAUGUUCCAGUAUACUAUGAGAAAGUAUAUACAACUGUUGCCCCAGUAGUUGCUAAGAUUGUAGAGACAGUCAUUCAUUUCUGGAACAACACUAGACAACAUAGAACAGCUGUUGCUGAUAAGGUGUAUUCUAUGGCCCCAGAAAUUUGGGACGAAGUGGGGAAGUAUUUAGCCCUUUGCUGGGAUUUCAUACUUGAAUACACAUACUGGAUUCAGGGACACAUAGCAGUUUGUUAUAAAUACGUCUACCAUUGGGUAGAAAAAAAUAUUAUUCAGGGUGAUUUUUCUGCUGCUAAUAUACAACAUACAUUAUCCUGGUCAGCUAAUAGAUUUCAGAAUUAUACUUUAUCAGCAAUAGAAUGGUGUCGUCAAUUAAUGACAUAAAAAACUUUCUGUUCCCGCCUUUACCAUACUGUGUAUUUAUUCAAAAGCUUUACCAUACUGAAAAUCAGUGUGACCAUUUGCAAAAAAUCAUUGCCAGUUUUGUUUUCAUAUUUGAAUGAACUUUUCUUGUUUGUUUCUUUUCUUAGAUAAUGUGUAAAUAUAUUAUAAACAUUAUAAAGGAAUC